GUUGCGCCGCACAGUCCGACAAAAAGCUGCAUAUUCAUUCAUGGUUGUUCUAUAUAUAAAAUGAAGUUUCAAAACCCUUGCAGUUGCAGAUCAGUCGACCUUUCUCUCACACAAGAAGACACCUGUUCACUUCUCUUUCUCUCUAUAUAUAAACCAAAUCAUUCCAAAUUCUCUUCACUGUCGAAGAUCGGAGGAGGGGGGAUGAUGAUUAGUUACAUUCUUGCAUAAUCAAUCUGGGUUCUUUUCCUGGAGCAAAUGGACGCGGAUGUGACUCAGAAUUUCGAAUGUUUUGGGGAUUGCGGGGAUUAAAGGCUUGUAUUCGUGCUAACUAGAUAGUUUUAUUGACUGGGUCAGUUGUUAUUUGUUAUUCAUCGUCUAAAUUCCUCAUCUUUUUACUCAUUUGGACUGUACCUGCUAAAGAAAUCAAUGGACAGAUGUUUUAAGUUGACAGUUUGUAGUGAGACAAUAGGAAUUCAGUUGCUUGACAUCUUUGAUUGCUUGUUUUGUUGAGUUUCUUUGUAUUGGAAUCUGGUUUGGGUUUCUGGUUCUGGUAUUUGCUGAGAAUGGGAAUAGACGAGCUACUGCUUCCUACGGUAGGACCUCCAAUAAAAAAGAGAGCAGGGUUGAGGAGGAAGCAGGCUGGAAGAGGCUCUUACAGAGGCAGCUAGGCUUUGAAGUUCAGGGAAUUAGGGUUUAUUUCUGGGGGUUGGCUAAUUGAUUGACCAGGUUAUUUUUGGGGGGUGUGGGUUAUUAGCGGUUUUCUUAACAUUUUAUUUAACUGGGGACGUACAUUCAAGUGAACUCCUUUGAGAGAUGGCUACUCAAUUACAGCAAGCUCUCAGGAGCCUCUGUUACAACUCAGAUUGGAAGUAUGCUGUGUUUUGGAAGUUCAAACAUCAAUCUCGAAUGAUGUUGACCUGGGAGGAUGCUUACUAUGACAACAACCAUGAGCAACAGAAUCUUUCAGAGGGAAUGUGUUCCUCUGGGACAGGGAAUGCUCUUUCUGAUUGGCAUGCUCAUGAUCCUCUUGGAUUAGCAGUAGCAAAGAUGACAUACCAUGUAUACUCUCUUGGUGAAGGGGUUGUAGGACAAGUUGCCGUUACUGGAAAGCACAUGUGGAUUCUUGCAGAUAAUCAUAUUACGGACUAUAAUUCCACCAUUGAGCAUUGUGAUGGGUGGCAAGCUCAAUUUUCAGCUGGUAUUAAGACUGUUGUGGUGGUGCCAAUCAGUCCAUAUGGAGUUAUACAGCUCGGCUCUCUAAAUAAAGUGUCUGAGGAUCUGAAGCUGGUGAACCACAUGAGACAGCUAUUUUUAGUGCUGCAAGAUUCCUCUGUGGAAUCUAUAUCUAUCAUGGCAUCAUACAUUACAAGGAGCUCCUUAUCUCUGAGUCAAAUUGGAUCAGUUAACAAAGACAAGAUAUUUUCUGGAUCAUCCACAUUUAACUCCACUCAGAAACUUGUGGAUCAUUCUUAUGCUAUCUCAGUUCCUGCCAAUAGCUCUCCUGAUGCUGAUGCAACAAUCAGCAAGCAAGAAGAAUUGGGACCGUCAACAACAAAUUGUGAAGAAACUUGUUCAAUUGCUGAGCAGCAUAAAAAGGUGGAGGACAAGAGUUCUGUUUUCUGGAGCCAGGUUGGAGAUGAUUGCGAUUUUGGCCAUUUAAGAAAUGAUUCGGAUGAUGUCAUGUUCCCCGUCCACGAAUUUGGGGUAGAUAUUCCGCUCACUCCUUCGGAUCUCCUUGAUUCUAGAACUUGCAACGUUUCAAGUGGGUUUCUACAGAUGCCAGAAUCUUUAGAUGUGCAAAUUGAUAUGGACUUUGGACAGGAUUUAGAAUCAAACACAGAAUUCAAGAGUAAGAAUACAUUGAAUAACAAUUCCUUCAGCAACUAUUCUGGCUGCGAACUAUUCGAAGCCCUGGGACCAGCUUUUCAAAGAGAACACACUAACUAUGAUUGGGAUGCAAACAAGAUUGGAAACGAAAUACCCAUUUCAAUACCUGAAGAAACAACUCCAUACUGUGGUUCCGGGCAUCUUCUAGAAGCAGUAGUGGCUAGUGUAUGCGAGAAACUGCCUGAGUCCACUUAUCAUAAGCCUCAAGUUGAUUCAGCAAGCUGUUCUUUGAAUCAAUCACUGGUGGAAAACGAAGCCUCGUACUGUUUGAGCUCUGAGGUAUCCGGUGUGUGGUCUUCUCGAUGCUUUUCAUCGCCAAAUCUCAGUGCGUGUAGUGGACAGUUGGAGAGAUCUCAGGAAACAACAAAGGUAGGAAAAAAGAGGGCUAGACCAGGUGAAAGUGGCAGGCCUAGACCAAGGGACAGACAAUUGAUUCAGGAUCGCAUCAAGGAGCUCCGGGAUCUUGUUCCUAGUGGGUCGAAGUGCAGUAUCGAUGCACUUCUGGAGCGUACAAUCAAGCACAUGUUUUUCCUGCAGAAUGUAACAAAGCAUGCUGACAAACUGAGUAAAUGUGCCGAAUUAAAGAUAAGAAACAAAGAGAAUAGAAAAGGAAUGCAGAGUUACGAGCAAGGAUCAAGUUGGGCAUUGGAAGUGGGAAGUCACCUAAAAGUUGGUUCAAUAAUGGUGGAAAAUAUCAACAUGAAUGGGCAAAUGCUAAUUGAGAUGACAUGUGAGGAAUGUAGCCAAUUCCUUGAUAUAGUAGAAGCCAUAAGGAGCUUGGGGCUGACAAUUUUGAAAGGCGUAACUGAAGCCUGUGGUGAGAAGAUCUGGAUGUGUUUCGUGGUUGAGGGACAAAGCAACAGAAGCAUGCACCGCAUGGAUGUCUUGUGGUCACUUGUACAAAUACUGCAGUCGAAGACAAUCGCGUAGUAUGAUGAGUUAAGAGGUUCGUUCAUUCAACAAGUUAUUUGGAGGUUCUGUUCUACUUCUACCCAAGAGAGAAGAAAAGAAUGAAAGAAAUUGUGUUUGUGAUGUGAUUUUAUUUGGCAAUAAUACACUACUACUGCUGCUGCUUUUGUGUGAGAUUUUGGUUUUCUUUCAUGUGUGUUGAUUUUGUUGUUUCCACAUGGUUUGUAGCUUGUAAUUUUGUAAGAUACAUAAAUGUAUUGAAACAGGAUUUUUUUUCUUAAAUAUAAUUCAUUCCCUGA